CGCACACACUCCUCCUUCAGUCCCUUCAGCCACGCACACACACUGGCAGAGCUGCUGUCUGCAGUGGGUUGAGCACAGUGCAGCCGCCUGGGAUUGUUAAAACUACUCCCUUAAAGUCUGGGAUCGGACGGUGAGCGAGAGAGAAAGGCGAGUCAGAGACGAGUCUGGGCCACAGUUUGCUGGUGUAAUUUUCUUCCUGUGUAGUCGGAGGACAGAGAGGAUGGAGACCAAAGUGUGGAUUGGCCUUUGUGCGCUGCUGCUCAUGAACUUGGGAUCUGCUGAACAUGAUGGUGACCACACUGCUGCCUCCUCUGCUUCAGAAAGUGAUCCUGAGGCUCCAUCUGCAGAGUCUGUGCCUGGUUCUAAUCCGGACCCCAUCCUUCGUACAUCUGCUGCACCUUCACUGAGUGACUCCGACACAAGUUCAAACAGCACCAGCAGUUUGAGCAGUAACAAGACUACAGAGGGAGAGAGCAUGGCUGUGACUCCUGAACCAACCAAAGCUCAUGGUACCAACACCAGCUCUCCCACAGAGGCUGUCCUUCCUGGAAAUGUAUCGACAGAUCAGUUGACACCACAGCCUCCAGUUCCUCCUUCUGAGAUUCACACCACUGCCUCUCCCAUCACCCCUGCCCCCACCAGCACCACACACACAACUCACACUGCUACUACAGACAAACAGAGCCCCACACCACCCACAACACCACAUGCGGCAGUUCCACUUCCUGAAGUUACAGCAUCAAACCAGCCCAGUCACAACGAAACACACUCGUCCACUCAUGUCCCGACACCUGAGCCACCAAAGCUCAAAUCUACAACUGCUGCUGUCAUCGCUCAGACUAGCUCAACGUCCAGCUCCUCUCAAGAGCCCCCCAAAUCUGAGUCCACGACACUCGCAACACAACAAACCACAUCACAGUCCGACGAACACCCUCCGACCACCAGCAAAGCCGACCUAAAGACCACCAUCACCCAGACGACCAGCCCCUCCGCUGAGGCCAGACUCCACGCCAAAACCCCCUCCCAGCUCAACGUUGGGGGUGACCCAACGAUGGUCCUUGACUCUCCCACAUUAGACCCCCUCCUGGCUGGCCUGGUGUCAGCCUUCAUCAUCACUGCCGUCAUCAUUACUCUGCUCCUCUUCCUCAAACUGCGCCGGAGAGACAACCGACCUGAGUUCCGCAGGCUGCAGGACCUUCCUAUGGACGACAUGAUGGAGGACACACCUUUGUCCAUGUACAGCUACUAAUGGAGGCUCAAGUGAAACGUUUUGGCGCCCAAAUAUUCUCCAUGAAUCCAGGCUCAUGCUGCAGCGGUCGUUGAACCUGACCUUUCUUCCUUAAUCUGCACCAAACAGAAAGAAUGCUGGGUAGGUGUGAGCAAACAUCUGGAUCGCUUUCAUUUAUCUGACAUGUAGGAAAGGACGUGAUUGAAGCUGCAAUGGACAAUGAAGAUGUAUCGCCCAUGUAGGGCUCGUUUUGGCAAAAGUCUAUUUUGGUGCCUGUAAUUAUGAAUUAGGCCGACACCUCUGUUGAAUACUGUAUGCUUAAUAUUUUUCAGCCCUGCUUUUGGGGUGUGGGAGUUGUAUAAUAUAUUUUGAUUUCCCCAGAGUUGAAAAGGGUAAAAGCAUCAUUUGGAUGGUUCUCACCUGGACGCAGAUCCAGCCUGUCCUGCCAGACUCUUACCUGGGGGCACUGGUCUAAUUUCCCUCUUAUCACUUAGUGUUAGAACAUCUGGCAGUCUGACUGAGAGGCCAGAAACAGAACAUAACAAAUGGCCUGAUUAUAGUGUUAAAAAGUUGCACUUUACUUUUUCAGGAGUGGAAAAAAAGGACAAAUAUUUUUGUGUAUGAGAAAAAUUGAGUUUUGUGUGCAUACAUAGGUGCAGGCUGUGUGUGUUUGUCGGUGUGUGAGUUUGUUAAAGGUGCAUGUGUGGAUCUUUGAAGGCGUGGCAGGGGAUAUUUAAGCGUUUUCUUUUUUUCUUCUUCUUCUAUUGUUUUUAAUUUCUGUGUUGAAGGUCCUGCUGCCUUUUGGCCUGAUUUUGAAAUGUGCAGUGUGUGUUUUUUUUGUGUCUUUCCUGGAGUCUUGUGUCCAGGGGAGAGUGCCUUACACAGUAUAGGAACAGCUCUUUAUUGAAUACUGUAUUUAUAUUCAGACUAACUUCCAGAUUUACCCAUCAUUCCCAGCGCUUUGUGUGAUUCCAAUUGAAAUGCGCACUCAGGCCCAGGUAGCUGCUCUGACUUGCCUGUGUUUGAACACUAGCCUUGAGCAUGUUCACCACUCACUCAUACGAUGACAGUUGCAGACUGAAACGGGCCCAGUGGCCUUUCCACACAAUGUUGGCAUUGUCCUGUGCGUUGUAAAUACUACUGAUGAUUGCGUCAUUCAGAGACAAACUCUUCAUCUUAGUUGCUGCUUAAGCGUUCACCAGGCACAAACGUAUUGAAAGUGUUACAUGGGACUGAUCUGACGGCACCUUGUUCUCUUAGUAAGUUCACAAAUAUUCCAUUGAUUAUACUGUGUGUCAGCCUCGCUGUGUGUGUGCUCUGCAAACGUGCAGGAUAAUGUGAGCGGGAGGGAGACAAACAGGAUGACAGAACAACCCACGUGGAUAGAAAUCAAUUGGAGCUGAUACUUGUGUUCACUGUUUAAUCUCUGUGCCAUGAAUACGGCAGAUGGGUGACAAAUUAAAGGGAAAAUCAACAUAAAAUGUCUGAGUAGGGUGUUGGGACCCCUGAAGAUUAGGGCUGGGUAUCGGUACUGGAUACUUUAAAGCUCCAGUGUGCAGGAUUUAGAGGGACAUAUUGGCAGA